GUUUUUUAAAAUCCUUGAGGAAUCAGCAUUUACUAAUUAAAAAUUAACUAUCACAUAAUUUUCAGAUGUCUUGUCAAAACGGUCACAGUGAACCCAUAAAUAUUCAAACGAAUGGUAAUGGUAGUAGCGCACACACGAAUAUAGAUGAAACCGAUAAAAGUGGACUUUCUAUGAAUGUGAGAUUAACAACAACCUCGUCUAUAGAUCACCCACCAGUACCACCAUCUCCAACAAAAAGUUCUUCACUUAAACGUAAUACAAGUCACGGAAAUCUAAUGCCGGCCGAAACUAAAGAAACCCGAGUUAAGGUUAUCUAUACGGGAGGCACUAUAGGAAUGGUGAGAAAUGAAAGAAAUGUUUUAGCUCCUAUACCCAAUGCUUUGGUUAAACGUAUACGCAAAUAUCCCAAUAUGCAUGAUGAAGAAUAUGCUCAGAAGAGAUUUGGCCAGUCGGCCUCUAUGGCCCCCUUAGUUUUACCCUAUGUGAAGGGUGAAAGUAAUCGUGUUAUUUAUCAAAUAACGGAAUAUAUACCUCUAUUGGAUUCUAGCAACAUGACCAUGUAUGAUUGGGCUAGAAUAGCCAAUGACAUUUAUCAAUCUUAUGAAUUCUUUGAUGGCUUUGUGGUUUUACAUGGCACCGAUACUUUAUCCUAUACUGCAUCAGCCUUAUCAUUCAUGUUAGAGAAUCUCGGCAAAACUGUGAUAAUAACCGGUUCUCAAAUACCCAUUUUUGAGACACGCACUGAUGGCAAAGAUAACUUUACCUCGGCUUUAAUAAUUGCUGGCAAUUAUGUUAUACCCGAGGUUUGUGUUUUCUUUGGGAAUAAACUGAUGCGCGGCAAUCGUACUGUUAAAGUAAGCUCCUGUUCUUUGGAUGCUUUCGAUUCGCCUAAUGUUCCUGCUUUAGCUCAUAUUGGCAUUAAUGUGGAUGUUGAUUAUAGAUUAAUCUUUAGACCCUGUAAGAUUUCGAAAUUUUUUGUACAUUCUGAAUUAGAUGAAAAUGUGGGCAUUUUGCGCAUAUUUCCUAGUAUUUCUACCUCAACAUUUAGAGCAUUUUUGGCUCCACCCAUGAAGGGUGUUGUUUUGCAGUCAUUUGGUUCUGGUAAUGUACCAGAUAAUCGUAAAGAUUUGCUUAAGGAAUUAAAGGAUGCCUCCGAAAGGGGAGUGAUUAUAGUAAAUUGCACUCAAUGUCCUAACGGUUCGGUGUCGGAAAUCUAUGAGACAGGAAAAGUAUUAUUUGACCUAGGUGUUUUGCCCGGCUUCGAUAUGACCCCCGAGGCGGCCUUAACUAAAUUGUCCUAUGUAUUGGGUAAAAGUGAAUGGCCUUUGGAUAUAAAGAAACAGAUGAUGCAAUCAAAUCUAAGAGGAGAACUGACUUCUACUUCAGGACCUAAAAUGGAAGAAUACGAUCUAGUGGAUGCGGUGGCCAGAUCUUUGCAUUUAUCUUCACCCCAAGAACUAAGCCAACUGGGCGCUACUCUAUUUCCUGCUAUGAUGAACGCAGCUGUUGUAGCCGGAGACUUACAAAAGAUCAAUAACCUAAAAGCUUAUGGCGCUGACCUUUCGGGAGUGAAUCAAGAUCAUCGUACUGCUUUACAUUUGGCCUGUAUCGAAGGCAAUAUUUCAGUGGUUAAACAUUUGCUAUUAAAUGGUGUCUCUGUACACAUAAGAGAUCGCUAUGAACGCACCCCUCUGAUAGAGGCAAUUACCAAUGAUAAUCAUGAUAUUAUACAAAUGCUCAUUAACUGUGGUGCUCAUUUAACCGGUUCAUCUAGAGCAGUGGGUGAACAACUAUGCGCCGCAGCCGCCAGAGGUUCUCUAACUCGCAUCAAAUCUUAUCAAUUGGCCGGAGCCGACCUAUCACAACCAGACCCUUCCGGCCGCACACCCCUUCAUGUGGCUGCAUUGCAUGGCCAUGAGGAAAUUGUGCAAUAUUUACUUCAAUAUAUGGAUACAACAAAUGAAACUGAUAUGUUAGGACUCACCGCUUUGGAUUAUGCUUUGAAGGCUGACCAGCAAGAUGUUGCUGUGAUGCUGAAUAAAUUUGCUACACAAUGAGUUGUAAAAUUUGCAGGACAAACAAAAACAUAAAAUAACACUAUUAAGUAAAUACUUUUACACACACACACAUAUGUUAUACAAAAACACAAACUUUUAAGUAAAACAAAUUAAUUAAAUUUAAAUAAAUUAUAUAAAAUACAUUUUAUUUUAGACAAGCACUUUUUCCCGUCACUCUCUUUUGCUCUAGAAAAAAAACUACUAUUGAUAACGGUAACUAAAUACAUAGUUGCAUUUCUUAGAGAAGGUAAAAUGUUGUAAUCGAAAUGGAGCAGGGAAAAUCGGUUAAGUGUGAUAUUUAUUUUUGAAUAAGUGUUUAAAUUUAAAUAAUUUCAUGUUAAUAUUUAAUAAAUAAAAUUUAUUAAUGUUAAAAAAAAAA